AUGACGAGUCAGUAUUUCUCGACCUAUGUUGAGGAUCUCGAGCAGAAUUUUCUGCUUGAGGAGCCGUUCGAUGCAAUUGAUUUUGUGGAACGUUUGGCUUGGCGGUUGACAGGUGGCAAGGACGAAUUCGAUGUGGUUGAUUUGAAAACGAAAUUCGAAGAGGAAAUCGGCAAUCUGCAAAUGUUAAGCGACCAAUUUCAGUCCAAGAUCGCAUCAAUGGAGCAGCAAUGUAGUAAUGAUAAACGCGAAUAUCUGAAUAUUCUGCACCGGCUUCAUGAACAGAACGCUGAUGCUAUGGACAAAUUGAAGCAGUUGGACAGUACAAUGCAAACAGUCUCCACCAAAGUGGUCCACCUAGGCGAUCAGCUGGAAAGCGUUCAUGUGCCACGAGCUCGCGCUAACGAAGCUCUACAACUGAUGAGGCAUUUCGAUGAAUUUUUAGCUGAUCAGCCACUCAGUUCAGACAUCUUCACCGAUCCGGAUCGGUUAUUGGAAUCAGCUGCAAUGAUCCAGAAAUUAUCCUCGAUAGCCCAGGAAUUGGCGAAAGGCAAAUAUAGCAAUGUUCAAAUCCGAAUUGCUCAUAAAUAUGACGAAAUCGAGCGACUGAUGCUGGAAGAAUUUGUGCGAGCGCACAGACAGGGCAACUGGCGCAGGAUGCGUGAAAUUGCCGCAAUCCUUGCUGAUUUCAAAGGCUAUUCGCAGUGUUUGGAUGCUUUUGUGGAACAUAUGCAAAUCAACGCUUUCCGUGGCGAUAAUGUUUUCGAUGAUAUAUUAUCGUUGUGUCAAAAAACGCAACCCAUGCUGAGAGAAAUAUUUCCAAAUCCCGAUCAAGUGAUGUCAAAAUUGGUCCUCAACUUGUUCCAUGGCAAACUCCAGGAAGUAAUUACAGCGAAGCUUGGUGAUUCCGAAAGUGAUUUGGAGGUUUACUUGACGACAAUACAUGACUUAUAUUCAAGGACACAGAAAUUGGUAUCAAAAUUUACGGCAUCGCGAAUUGCUGGAGCUGAUCCUCAGUUCUUGGAAACAUUGGUGCGGUCAGUGUUUGGACGUUAUUUGGAAAGCUACCCUGCGAUUGAGCAGCAGUUUUUAACAGAGCAGUGUGGUGGUAUUUUGAGCCGCUUUUAUGAGUUAAAAAAUCACCAGAAGAAGCAGAUUCAAAGCGGAGGAUUGCAAGAUCUGAAAAGAGACAUCCAGGCACGGUUGCUAAAUGUUGAGACUUAUGGUGGCGAAACAUUUUUGUCUGAAGAACUAUGCGACAAGGACGGAGCACCGAAAAUGACCGAAAUGAUCUUUGAUAUAUUGUUAAAAUUUCUGUAUACAGAACAUGUUGAUUACGCCAUCGAUCUUUCACUU